UUACCAAAUNACUUCAAUAAACUUGCAAGAUCAGCCGUUGCUUAUUGUGGUGGACUACCACUCGCUCUUGAAGUCCUUGGUUCUUAUUUGAGUAAGAGGUCAGAGAAUGAAUGGAGAAGUGUAUUGUCAAAACUAGAAAUAAUUCCCAAUACUCAAAUUCAGAACAUCCUAAGAAUAAGCUUUGACGGCUUACGUGAAAAGGAAAAGGAUAUAUUUCUUGAUGUAUGUUGUUUCUUUAUUGGGAAAGAUAGAGGCUAUGUCACGGAGAUACUAAAUGGCUGUGGACUGGAUGCUGAUUUUGGAAUAAAAGUUCUUAUAAAACGUGGUCUUUUAAAAAUUGAAAAGAAGAAUAAACUUGGAAUGCAUCAUUUGCUUCGGGACAUGGGACGAGAGAUUGUGCGUCAAACUUCAACAAUGCAACCUGGGAAGCGCAGUAGAUUGUGGCUUCCCAAGGAUGUACUUGAUGUAUUGACAAAGAAUACUGGGACAGAAGCGAUUGUGGGAUUGUCUCUGAACACUAAGUUAACGAACAGUGAUUCCUUCAAAGCUGAUGCUUUUAAGGAAAUGAAGACGUUGAGAUUCUUGCAACUUGGUCAUGUACGGCUAACUGGAGAUUACGGCUAUCUUUCUAAGCAACUGAGAUGUAUCUCCUGGCAAGGAUUUUCUUUAGAGCACAUACCUAACAACUUUUACUUGGAAGGUGCAAUUGUAAUGGAUUUCCAGCACAGUAAUCUCAGACUACUGUGGAAAGAACCCACGGUUUUACCGUGGCUAAAAAUCCUCAAUCUUAGUCAUUCAAAGUACUUGACAGAAACCCCUGACUUUUCAAAAUUACCCAGUCUUGAAAAGCUCAUUCUCAAGCAUUGUGUGAGUUUGGGCAAGGUACACCAAUCGAUUGGAGAUUUACACAAUCUUCUACUAAUAAAUUUGAAAGGCUGUACAAACCUAAGCAAUCUCCCAAGUGAGACAUAUAAGUUGAAAUCCUUAAAAACUCUUAUCCUAUCUGGCUGUCUGAAGAUUGAUAUCUUUAAAGAAGAUAUAAUGCACAUGAAAUCCUUGAAAACUCUAAUUUCUCACAAUACUGCUGUGAAACAAGUUCCCAUUUCAGUUGUAAGCUCAAAAAGCAUUGGAUAUAUACAGGUAGACGAAGGAAAGGGAUUAUCACGUACUGUUCUUCAUUCUAUCAUUUUGUCUUGGAUGUCCCAUACUUUUAAUCCCCUGUAUCAUAUGCGUCCGUUUCGUGGCAUUUCACCAUCUCUAGCUUCCAUGAAUGUGGAGCAUAAUGAUUUGGUAGAUCUAGCUCCAGUCCUUAGAAGCAUUUUAAAUCUGCGUACUGUCUUAGUGCAAUGUGUCACGGAGUAUCCAAUACUUCAACAAGUAACAGCUAUUUUGGAAGAAGUUCGUUGUGUAACUUGGACUACAUCUACACAACUUUCCAACCAUCCAUUCAGUCCAUAUUUGAUUCAAAUUGGAGGUUAUCAAGAAGAAGUCUUCAACACUCUCCGCAAAAGCAUUUAUGAUGAGGAAUUGGCAGCCAGACAGACUCGUAAAGUUUUUGUCCCUAGUGACAAUUAUCCUCAUUGGUUGGCUUAUAAGAAUGAGGGACACUCAGCCAAAUUCACCGUGCCUGACAAUUUUCACAUGAAUGGAAUGAUUUUGUGUGUUGAGCAUUUAUCACGCUUGGGAGACCCAACUCAAUAUCUUAGUUGUGUCUUAAUGGUUAAUUACACAAAGUGCAUAAUCCAGUUAUUCAAUCGAGAAACACUAACGUCCUUGAAUGAUGUUGAUUGGCAGGGCGUGAUAUCACAUCUGGGAUAUGGAGACAAGUUGGAGAUUUUUAUUAUUUUUGAGAAAGGAUUUGAAGUCCAGAAGACAGCUGUCUAUCUAGUGUGUAAUGAUCAAUUGACAGAAAGUCAAUGUAACGAGCCCUAAUGAUAUGGAGGUAAAAACGAAUAAGAGUUAGUGUAGGAGGUUACGUCGGCCAGAUAGAUGACAAAGAAUCCGUUGGAGGUGCGGAACCGAUGCCCAGGAUCCAUAUAUGAUAGGAUUGCGUAGGAGUGAAAGGAUAAGGAUAAGAAGAUCAAAGCUUACAGAAGAUUUGGGCAGAUUGAGAUAUAAUUGAAGAGAGGGUAGGGAAUGAGUGGCUUGUGGUCAAGAAGAUUGCACUCAUCCUCUCUCGUUGGGAGUGUCUUCCCUUUCCUCAAGUGUAUUAUGCUUUUCUUUCUUUGUACCUACUAUGAUCGGUUCUUUUUUUACCAAAUU